GGCGCCCUUCGGUACAUGGGCGUAAUCGAGUACGGUGGGCGGCCGACAGAUGGCGGCGGCCGAGCGGGAGCCGCGGCGUAUCCGCGCAUUAUAGCCACCGCAUUGGUUCGGCCACGGGCAGUAUGGCUUCGGCUGCCGGUACGUGUGCAUUAGUGGUGUUCCGUGGCAUCGCACCGCGUCCUCGAGAUCGCGGGUGUGCGUGCUCCGUUUCGUGAGAGAGAGGAGGACGAGUCUCGCGGUUAGCGGCUAGGAGACGCGUCGCCGGGCAUCGGCCGUACGGACGGCAGGCGUGGGACGCGAAACGAGUGCGAACCAGCGGGGCCAGUCAUGCGGCGGAAUGUCAAGAUCGCGUUGCUCCUGUCAUGCGCGUGGAUGUUCGCCUUUGUUUACUAUUACCACACGUCACGGGACACCAAGAACGAAAACAGAGCCUUACGGCUGAAAGAGCCCGCGUCCCUGGCGCUUUCCGCCAGCGGAAAUUCCGGCGGGUACAUGGAUCCAGACGGCACGGCCAUUGUGAUGUCAUCCGAGCUUCUGCCAGCGCCGACCCCGGAUCCGAGAGUGACGUGGAAUUACUUUGACGAGCAGGGGUACGUUUCAAGAGGUGGUCUACGUGCAGGCGAGGACCCAUACGCGAGGAAUAAAUUCAAUCAGGAAGCCUCUGACGGUCUUCCGAGCAAUCGUGACAUACCCGAUACUCGUAGCGCCAUGUGUAGGAUGAAACAAUGGAGACAGGAUUUGCCUCCGACUUCCGUUAUAAUUACUUUUCACAACGAGGCACGGUCUACACUACUCAGAACUGUCGUCAGUGUUCUGAACAGAAGUCCCGAACAUCUAAUCAAGGAAAUUAUUUUGGUGGACGAUUUUAGCGACCAUCCCGAAGAUGGCGAGGAGUUGUCGCGCAUCCACAAAGUUCGUGUGAUCAGAAACGAGAAAAGAGAGGGCCUAAUGAGAUCGCGCGUUCGCGGCGCGGAUGCGGCUACCGCGAGUGUGCUAACGUUUCUAGAUUCACACUGCGAGUGCAACGCCGAUUGGAUCGAACCACUUUUGGAAAGGGUGGCCGAGGACCCGACGAGAGUGGUGUGUCCCGUGAUCGACGUAAUUAGCAUGGAUACAUUUCAAUAUAUCGGAGCUUCCGCCGAUCUCAGGGGUGGUUUCGACUGGAGUUUGGUCUUUAAAUGGGAAUAUCUCAGCCAGGUGGAACGACAAUCGAGACAAAAGGAUCCGACACAAGCCAUUAGGACCCCUAUGAUUGCUGGUGGACUGUUUGUCAUCAACAAAGCUUACUUCGAGAAACUCGGCAAAUACGAUACUCAAAUGGAUGUUUGGGGCGGAGAAAAUCUCGAAAUAUCGUUUCGCGUGUGGCAAUGCGGUGGCAGCUUGGAGAUUAUCCCGUGCUCACGUGUGGGCCAUGUAUUUCGUAAACGUCAUCCUUACUCGUUCCCCGGUGGCAGCGGAAACGUGUUCGCCCGGAACACGAGGCGCGCCGCCGAAGUAUGGAUGGACGACUACAAGCAGUUCUACUACAAUGCCGUGCCGUUGGCACGGAACAUCCCUUAUGGAAACAUUCAAGAUAGGAUGGAGCUGAAGCGGAGAUUGCAUUGCAAGCCUUUCAGUUGGUAUCUGAAGAACGUAUACCCCGAAUUAGUUAUACCUACGAGCGAGGGUGGCCCGGGAGGGUCCCUGAAGCAGGGCACCGCCUGCUUGGACAGCAUGGGCCACCUUCUCGACGGGAACGUCGGUCUCUAUCCCUGUCACGACACUGGUGGCAAUCAGGAAUGGGGCCUCACGAAGGACGGUCUGAUCAAGCAUCACGAUCUCUGCCUGACCCUACCGGUGUACGCCAAGGGCACGACGCUGCUGAUGCAGAUCUGCGACGGCAGCGAGAAUCAAAAGUGGCGGCACUUGGAGGGUGGCCUGAUACGGCACACCAGAAUUCCCGUGUGCGUGGACUCGCGAUAUCACGCGCAGCGCGGCAUCACGGCGGAGAAGUGCGACUCGAACGCGGAGACGCAGAGGUGGCAUCUUUACAACCACAAUCACUAGCUGAUAUGGUUGCGGUGAACACGCCAUUCACCCGCAGACUCUCUCUUGUCACCACGCGCCAUGACGUGAUCACCGUGUAACGAGGCCGAUCGCGUCAGAGGCGCGAUUACUUAAUUAGAAACUGGCUGUCUACGCGCAACCGGAUCGAUUCGAUCACUUGUCGUGGAUGGACCGUAUCUUCGUGGCCGUACUCGUGGCUUUUUACGAUACGGUAUCGAUGAAGGACUCCACCUUGUACCACACUGACUUGCAAGUUCGCGAGUUCCCGCCGUAGCCCGUCCUAUAAAGGAUCGGAUGGUGAUGUAUUUGGAUAGAAGAAAUGAAUUUUCUCUGAUGAUAUCACGAAAAGUGGUACAAGUGUCUCACAAACUAAAACGGAAUAACUCUCGCAAAAGAAAGUGAAAAGGGUUUUAAGACUGCUUUAGUGUUUGUGACUCUAAUCAACAAACUUCAGUUUCUAUGUCCACAAGAAUUCCAUCGCUUCCGAUCGUUUUCUUAGGUACUAGAGCAUCCUACUUUUGCAAUGACAACAGAUUAACCUAAUAGGUUGACAUCUCGCAAUCGAUGUGAUAAGUGUAAAAUUAUUUAUAAUAACAUAAUACAUAAAAAAAUAUGAAAGCGUGUGUAUAUGAACAGUAAUGCAAGCGGAAGUUGCGUACUGAUUCGGUACUGCAAUCCGAUUGUGCACGCUGAUUAUAUUUCAAAUGUCGAGUCCACAAAUUAUGAUACUUCACACGUGAUACAAUUGAUUUAAACAAGUAAAAAUCACAUUGUUGAACGCCAUCCUUAACACAUAAUAUUUAAUACUUAAUUACUACUUUUAGCGUCAAAGAAAUCCAUAAGACACGGGAUUCUUUAAUUUUCAAAGUUUAUGAUGUUAUCAAAAAUUGAGGUUGUGUACUAACAUAAAAAUAAUUGGGAUUGCAUAUGCGAUGAUAUAUCCAUAUACUUCAUAAUUGCCAGGCUUAGUUCUUUGAGCGAGAUGUUUUAUUUAAACAAAGAGAGCGACUAACUCUUCAAUUCGUAAUAUUGUUUCAAAAUUUAUACAUACGUAACAAUUUAUACGUAAACAUAAACGUUUUUUCGAGACUCUCAUUAAUAAAAUUUAUGUAUUAUAUAAAAAUGUAUGUAAGUUUGAACCGAUAGUGGAAAUUGAAGAGACAGAUUGAAAUCAAAUGUAUGCGGUAACAAUGUUUUUAAUGAAACAGCUAAGUAAACUUAAUCAUUGCUAAAAGAUCGAUGUAAAAAUUAAAAUCUAAUUAUUUUUCUUUUAUGUGCAACCAGAAAAUCAACAAAACGAAGAAAUAAAUUAAAAAUCCGAGAAUUAAAAAUGUAAUUAUAGCAGUUAAUUGACUUUCCGGUGCAGUCUAAGCUGACGAUAUACUUUUAUUUACUAUUGUUUUUUUUGUUAAAUCUGUAAAAGAAUAUUUAAGAUAUUGAGUCAUAUUUUAGAACGGGUACGUACUUGAGUGUCCAGUCGCAAUGGGCAACUCAUCUCCUUUUACGUAUUUAUUUACAUGCGAUUUUCUUAAGUAAAUCAGCCAAAGCUUUUACACUUGGCACUAUUUGUUUUAAGUAAGAUCGAUAGUUUUAUCACAAAUACCAUUUUAAUAUUACGCUUUUAUGCAGACUACUGCGGAGAAGCUUCUCGCGAUUUAUCUGAGACGUACGCAGAAUUAAUUGUAAUACAAUUAUAUUAUGUAAUCACAAUGUACAUCACGUAAUUUAAAUAUUCAACCUUCAAUAACAUACGUAUAAUUUCUAUAUCUUUUUAGGAAAUUUGAAAGGCGCAAUUGUAUAUUCUGAGAUCCAAGAAGACGCAAGAAGCUUCUCAGCGACUGAAAUCGCAAUUUUGAUCGGGCCCAAAAUCACGUUAGAUUCGUGCAGUGCACAUUCUUUUUAUCUGGUCUUAUACGCGGCGCAUCUAAAUCUGCGGACAUCCUUCUCUCCAAUCAAACGAGUCGCGACGAACAAUAUGCUUUCCUUUCAAAAGCAUGCGCUACGAUUUACAGAAAAGAAAUUUAUUUUUCUAACUAAUUGUAUACUUACUUGGUUGUGCGAAUAAACGAAAAGCGCAGGGUGUAUGAGCAUACUUAACAUAUUGUAGCUUGGUAAUAACAUUCCAACCGGUUGAAUGUCUACUUUUUUAAAACAAGUAUUAAUUUUGGGGACCUUAACUUUUUUUCCCACGUUGAAAUGUAACGCUUAUUUUAAUAGCGGUCGAUAUCAAGAAGUCCGAUUUUCCCGGUGAAGACUAAAUUAUACGAAUAUGAGAAUCCUUAAAAAGAAUAAACCGAGUCGAUAAAAGAACGGAGUGGCACGAUGUGAAUCCAUUACUCGCCUACAACGUGUUAAGUGAAAAUCAAGAUAGAAGCUGACGCAGCUAAUCAUAGCAAUACAUAUUAGCAGACACGAUCUUUUGUACACUUAUACUUUCCGAUGAUAAUAUCUUACUGCCGUCUCUUCGCGCUGGGGACUAUAAAUACCGCGAAGUGAAAUGAAAAUAAUAAUAUACGUAUAAACUUUUGUAUAUGAUACACACGGGCAUCCAUGUUACACUCACAUUAGCUGCUGUAGUAAUCAUUCGUUAAGUAAUUCUUUUGAUAUCGAUAUUGUACACGUAGAACGAUAACAUUUUAAUGUAGAUAUAAUGCGCGACCGCUGGAGUCGGCUGUGCUCUGAUUAAACGAACGCGAGGUUACGAAUAAUUGCUCGAAUUGCGUCUGAAAAUCAAAAUCGAGUCGAGAAAAUCUUUAAGUUUUAUUAUCAUCGUGAGGGGAGCGUCUUCCUUUUAAUCAGAGCACUGGCUGGCACAGCGAUAUAUAUACGUAGAUAGUAAAUAUGUACGGGGUAUCCCUACGCGUAUCAUUAUCGCGUUUCCUUUCGACUGCAAGAUUCUUUGAAGGAUUCCGACUGAGUCAACUUUCCUUUAGCGCGAGAUUGAAAAGGAGGUAUAAUUACGGAGUUAGUUAACAUUGGAAUUAAAGGAUUUUGCCGUACCAAGCUUCAGCAGCGUACGUAGCAACUUUGUUCCCGGGUAAUUUAGACGGACUUCGCCCAGCGAAGAAAUAAUUUCAAGCUUAAUUAACGAAAACUUUUAAACAUCAAAUGCCUCGGCGAGUAAAUCUGACAAUUUGGGGAGAUUAAGGCUCUUCUGGCAUUAACUGAUAAACAAAAUUGCACUUGCAAACUUGCAACUGUUGAUGCGGCAUCGUUUUUUUUUUAAGAAACAAAUUUAAUUCAAAUGGUUGACAAAAUUGAAAUGAAAUAACUCGCGGGAAAAUAACGCGACAUCAAAUCUGUUUAAACCUACGCAAAAAUGCAGACUCUCUCAAUACUGAACUUACGUUUCAGGCAAUCGCUGUUGUAAAUAAUUAUGUACAUUUCAUUGAUUAUCUUCCUCCCGUCCUAACUCUUCCGAGUAGCUUCUUUCGCUAUCAGCGUGAAUACUUAAACAUCGCUUCCAUGCUUUCCCGUGAAAAAAAAGGGAUUGCCACAUAACACAAUCGUACUUCGUGUAUCUGUAAAUAAAUAUAUAUUCACGGCGUAUAUAUAUAUAUAUAUAUAUAUAUAUAUAUACAUAAUAUGUAUAACAGACGUCGCGUACUUCCAAGAUCGGUAAAAAUGUAAGAUACUAAGCGACUCUCGACUCUUAAUCUUAAGUUAUAUAGCGGGUAACCAAUCAAUGUUAAUAUUCAUGUGUCCAUUAAUACGAAAAUUUAUACUCGAGAAGCGAAAUUGUGGUGUGGAUAGAAUAAGCGCGCUGUACAUUGAACGAGCAUUUACAUCCUUGUCAUAUACAAAUACGAUGCGUUAACGCGAUAUUUUGUCUGAUAAGAGCAAUUUUGGAUAACGAGGAGUGAUCCCAGCGUCAGUUCGGCAUCCGCUACUUUCAAAUUACAAUAAUUUUGCCGCAAGAUUUGAAAUGGCGUUGGCGUCGAAUCGCGCAAGGUGCAUAUUGAAGAUGUUAUAUACUUGGAACAAAAUAUCCUGAUCAAAACUAAGCAGAACUGAAAGUAGAAACUAAAGGCAGGAGAGAGAUGUGAUUAAUAAUUUUCCGAAACAUCCUUUUCAAAUCCCGUU